AUGGUGACUCAGUGCACAUAUCAUGUGGUUAUUUAUAGCCCUUUUUGUGUGCAACAAGAUAUCCUCUUAGUUAGCUUCGUUGUAGUUAAACCCAAGUAUGAGCCAGGACAUCCACAGUUUGAUAAACGUAUAACAUUGCUCUGCUUCAAGAGAUCCCUCAGUGAUAAGGCUGGGCUGUUUUUUUGUAAGAUGUUUGCAAAAUAUAAUGGAAAAGAUAGCUUGAUAAUGACUCAAAGUACAAAACCUGGAUUCAACAGGAUAUGUACAGAAGUGCUUGUGACGCCCUUGAAAAUGGCUCCUAGAUGUCCUACACCCUCUACAUCCUCUGGUGAACCCAAGAAGAAGAGAAGAAUGAUGACGGUGAACGAGAAAGACACUAAGCGCGUUGUGACUCCUCGUAAUAAGAAGAUUGUGCAAAUGGAGAAUGCAUUAUCAGUAUGGAUAACGGACUGUCGGGAAAAGAAGGUUAGUCUCGAUACCAACAUGCUUCGCACAAAAGCCAAAACCCUUUAUGAUAGCCUCGUUCCUGAAGGGGGAUCGAACGAAGAUGACGAUGAUGGUGAUGACGACGAUGAAGAUGAUCUUGCCCCACGAGAAAAACGUGGUUUUAUUGCCAGCAAGGGCUGGUUCGAGAAAUUCAAGAGGAGGUUUGGCCUUCGCAGUGUUCCGUUGUAUGGGGAGGCCGCCUUGGCAGACCAAGAGGCAGCUCUUCGUUACGUCGAGGACGAGUUCCCGAAAUUAAUUAAAGAGGGCGGCUAUAUCCCGGAGCAGGUGUUUAAUAUGGAUGAAACUGGCCUCUUUUGGAAGAGAAUGCAAUCCCGGAUGUUCCUUUACAAGGACGAAGUGAAGAAGCCAGGGUUCAAGGCCCACAAAGAUAGAGUCACUCUGCUCAUGUGCGGGAAUGCUGCGGGCUUCAUGCUCAAGCCCGGCUUAAUUUACAAGUCACUGAAUCCUUGUGCUUUGAAAAACAAAAACAAAGCCUUGCUGCCCGUCUACUGGAUGAGUAAUAAGAAGGCAUGGAUAACUAAAGCCCUCACACUCGACUGGGGUUCAAGUGGAGUUCCUGCCACCCAACACCACUUCCCUCAUCCAACCAAUGGAUCAGGGGUCAUUCGGGCCUUCAAGGCCCUCUACACGAGGUCCACGAUGGAGGGCCUCAUCUCCUCCAUCGACGAAGGCGACGAUGACUUCAGCCUCAAGAAAUAUUGGCGGGAGUACAACAUUGCGACGUGCCUGGCCAACAUUCAGAAUGCUCUUAAGGAGAUGAAACAGCAAACACUGAAUGCAAGUUGGAGAAAAUUGUGGCCAGACGUCGUUCAUGACUAUGAGGGAUUUACGCCAGACGAAGUUCAUCACUUCGCCGUAGAUAAGGCUGUGAGGCUGGCACAGUUGAUAGCCAACGAAGGUUUCUCUGACAUGACGGCAGAAGAUGUCAACUCACUGAUCGAGUGCCACUCAGAGCCCCUAACCGACGAGGUCCUCGUCGAAAUGACAAGAUCGGUGAGUGAGGAAGAAGAAGAGGCAGCCGACGACGGCGACGACGACCAACCUGAGCAACGUGGCCUUACAUUGGAAAAUCUGCAAGAGCUCUGCAACAUGGCACGGGCUAUGCAACAAAGGGCGCAAGAAAUUGAUGACAUCAUGGUCAGAGCCAUCGAAUUCAGUAACCAUAUUGACGGUGAUAUGGCGUUGUACAAGGGCAUCUUUGCUCAGAUGAAAAAACAACGUCAACAACUUCCCAUCACGAUGUUCCUAGUGCGCCGAAAACCUCCUGCAGAAGUGUCGGAUACUACUCCUCCUGCUGCCUCUCCGGCUUCCUACCGAGACACUACGUUGCCUCCUGCUGUUUCUCCAGCUCUAUUGGAAGCUGCCGUCGGUGAUCCCCCGCCUCUAACAAUUGACGAUGAGGCGUCACCUGAGGAGCAGUAA